AUGUCCGGCCCAAAUCCAGUGAUCCCAAACCUCGCUGCUUCUGGCCAACAGAGCCCUUGCGACUACGAACACAUCCGGUUGGCUGGAGUAUCCGUAGCUUCUCAGAUGCGUAGAUUGGCGUCGACUCACUUAGAGCCUGGCAGCGUUGAGGGAAUAACGGCUGCCGAGGUCAUCGACGGAGAGGUCGAACGCAUCAAGGCCGUUCGUCGGCAAAUUGGCGGCGCAGCUGACUGGAUCAAGUGGGUGUCACAAACCGCCAAGUCGGCGUUCAUACCUGCAAUUUUCCGUCUCCGCUUUUCCAGGCCGCUGCGCACUGCUCACUGGAACGUCAACGGCGCCAAUGUCGCCAGCGGGUCGGGAUUUCACACAGUCGAGCGCGGUUACAGCAUGCUCUUCGAUGGUGAAGACUCCGAUCAUUUGAAAGUGUACAAUGGGAACAUGCCGCCUACCAUGCCAUGGCCGAGGCACAGCCGCAUAAGUGGAAAACUGCCUGCGGGUCUUCCGGUAGGCAAUCCAGAGGGGCGUAGAGGACAUCGCGUGAGGCGGAGAUACGGAAAUGCUCAGCCACGGCGAGAACGCUCAGGAGAUGAAGCUUACGGUGCGGCUGGGGGAACGACUGGCGAAUGGGGGACGUUGAGCGGCUGGGAGCGCAUUGGGAGCAUGGCCUGGGAGGGCAAAGCUGGAGCCGAACGCUUGGACAACGUCGAGUCCCUACAAGAAUAAGGAAGAGUGGUCGGCGACAAGGAGGUGCCUUUCGGCGCCAUAUGGCGGGUUUCGCGGCUGAAAUCAUUGCGGCCACCGGCGACAUGAAAAGCGACUUCGAAAACGCGGUUGACAAGAAAUCUAUUGCGU